CCGCUUCUUCCUUCUCCGCAAAAGCUGUGAGAGCACACAGCGUAUCUGUUGACUCUUUGGCACAAACUGUGGCUUCUCUUGCACGGAGCAGUACAGCACGAAGCCGUGGGAGACACAUCAGGAGCCCUGCGUGUUUGUCAAUUGACUUCCGAAAGCAAAAAAUCUUAGCCACUGCGGUACCGGAAUACCGUUUGCAAGUGAGCAGAAAUGGCAUGGUCGUCUGCCUCGAUGAGUAAGUCCCACUCGACGUCGUCUACCCCAACGUCGAACUUGAGUCCGCCGACUCACAACGCGGAGCUUAGCUCGUUCAACUAUCACCACGAGUUCUCGGUGUCCAACUCGAACCUGACGAAGGACCACUCGUCGCAGUUCAAGAAGUCACUUCUGCACAAAUGGAACUACAAGCACUCGAUACUAUGCAUGGUGGCAUCCCCGAGAAGGAAGUUGCUCUUCUGCGGCACGCAGGAGUCGUCGAUCCUGGUGCUUGACCUGGUGACUUUCCAGAAAAAGUUUGAAAUCCCAACCCACGUCGGCUCGGUCUUGUGUCUGCAUUUAAGUGACUGCGAAAAUAUACUAUUCAGCGGUGGGUCGGACUCGUUAGUGAAGGUAUGGAAGAUCAAAGAUACACAGUCCCGCCACAACAGCAGAUCUUCGUACAGCGAGAGCCAGCCGACAGAGUCCACAUACGACUCUUUCAUCCAGCUGAUCCCAACCCAUACCAUAUAUUCUUUACUCGACAUCGGUGAUAUCUUCUCGAUAACGUGGAUCGACGCGAUCCAGUCGGUUUUCAUCGGUGCACAGAACGCAUCCAUGUCGUUUGUCCAUCUAGACACAGAAAUCAACGGAUCGGCAGACGAGCAUUUGCAGUUCAUGCCGAGUAACAGGUUCGAUAAAUUCUUUGAUUCUGAGAAAACAAAGAAAUCUUUCUCAAAGUCUUCGUCCCCGUUGUCAUUCACAGAAACAGUUCCACCAGAAACCGGCAGUGCUCAGCCAUCCUAUACCGCCCUUCACCAGCACGUCAAGGUCAUCCAGAUUCCAACUGAAAAUAUAACAAGCUAUGCACACAAUGGUUACCUAUAUGCACUUGAUUUCAUCACCAUUGAAAACCCACUAACCUCUACAUUUGCAAACAACAUUGCCGAAAAUUACCAGCACGUGAUUGUCUCUGCCGGUGGUGAUGGAGAAAUCAAGCUUUGGGGGUACUCCAAUGAAAACAAUGGAAACUUGGUUUUUCUACGCUCAUUGUCACAUCCCAAAAUCGACUCGAUUUUCUCCCUUGCAGUCUCACAAUCCUCUCUCACAGUAUACGCAGGAUCGUCGAAUGGUAAUGUCUGUAUCUGGGAUCUGGCCACUUUCCAAUUGUUGAAAAAUUUCCAAAUCGAUCCAAAUGAUGUCUACACCCUUGCAGUAUCUCCAUCCACCAACGGAAACUAUCCUCAGUGGUUGUUGAUGGGCACUGAAUUUGGAAUCACAAAGAUGAUUUUAUCCAAAUCGACCGUCCAGGUGGAUAUGGAGUUGGAAAAUAACGACACGGGCACUUGUGUGCGUGUCACCAAAAAUGACCCUUGCCUAACGUUGCUCACUUUUGCGGUGAAUAAUGAAUCAUACCUCGUUAGUGCAGGAUCGGAUAAAACCAUAUCUUUGUGGUCUCUGCAUAGCAUGAGCAAUACUUGCAUUACAUGUAGUGAUAGCUUAUCUCUGGAUAACAAACUACUUACAAGUGGAGACAGCUCGGUAUCUGGAGAGAAAUAUGAAAAUCUAUCAACAUACUUGACUAACGAAAAAUUUCUGCAAAUUUUAGGGGAAUUGAUAACAUUCAGAACUGUCUCGAAGCAACCUGAUACCUACAAAGAAGAAUGCCGGAAAUGUGCUAAUUUCUUGACACUUUUAUUCAAAUCGUUUGGGGCAUCGAAGACACAAAUGUUCCCAGUCCCGAAUGGUAAUUCCAUAGUCCACGCAAUUUUUAAGGCUAAUUCUAAAAAGGUGGAAAACCCAGGUGAGACACCUAGAAUCCUAUGGUACGGGCAUUAUGAUGUUAUACCUGCUUCAAAUUCUACAUGGAAAACUCCACCUUUUACCAUGACUCCAAAUAAUGGAUACAUUUACGGAAGAGGUGUGACUGACAAUAAAGGCCCACUGUUGGUCGCAAUAUUUGCGAUUGCAGAGUUGCAUUCAAGGGGAGAGCUAGAAUCAGAUUUCAUUUUCGUCAUUGAGGGCGAAGAAGAAGCUGGAAGUUGGGGUUUCCAAAACUCCGUUUUAGAAAACCAGUACGAGAUAAGUGAUGGUGGUAAACCUAUUGACUGGAUUUUGUUAAGCAAUAGUUACUGGUUGGAUGAUAAGACUCCAGCACUCAACUAUGGUCUUAGAGGAAGAAUUGAAAUUGAGUUGGUCGUUUGGAGUGAUAAACCUGACAGACACAGUGGUGUCGAUGGUGGUGUUGUCAUCGAACCUAGUAUGGAUCUAGUCAAGUUACUGGGUAAAUUGGUUUAUCGAGAUCAGAUUAUGAUUCCUGGAUUUGAAGAGAUCUAUAAAAGGAACAAGAAUGAAGGAGUCGAAGGUCUCAAAGAAAACUUGCAAUAUUUAGAAGACUGGGAAAUUCCACUUUACCAAGAGAUCGCACAAAGGGUCACAGAUUUGGACAUCAACGAGUUGAUCAGAAAAUGGAGAUUGCCAAGUUUAUCAUUGCAUAAGAUUGAGAUGUCAGGGCCUGACAACGGAUCGGUUAUAUCACAAAAGGCAGAAGCCAAAUUGAGCAUUCGUAUUAUACCAGGACAAGAGUUAGAGAACGUGAAGGAAUCAUUUAUAGAAUAUGUCAAUGAAUGUUUUAAAAGAUUGGAGAGCACAAACCAUGUCGAGGUGAAGAUCAUGCAUGAAGCUGAACCAUGGCUAGGAGAUGUUCACAAUUUAGCAUACCAAACGCUCAGUACCUGUUUGGAUGAAGAAUGGGGGGUUCCACCCAUAUUUGUUCGUGAAGGAGGUAGUAUCCCUUCCAUCCGAUUUUUGGAAAAGGUAUUUGCUUGCUCUGCAGCCCAUAUACCAACUGGCCAAUCCAGUGACAAUGCCCAUCUCAACAAUGAAAGGGUGCGGAUUGUCAACUUGUUGAAAUCCAAGGAGAUCAUCAAAAAGGCUGCCAACCGCCUACCUAGGGCGCAAAAAUAGUUAGGUUCCAGUUGUAUAGAUUGCGUGUAGAUAGAUAGACA